AUAGGGAAAUCUAAAAAAAUUCGAACAGUCUCAAGGAGUUGAUAUGUAAAGUGUAGUGGCGCAACGACAAUUCGUUUCAAACCGUCUCGUCAUAAGAGCAAGAGAGAGAGAAAUGGCGUUUUCGUCAUGGUCCCACCUAAGACUAAGACUGCCGCAUUUGGCGCGAACCCAAUCCCUAACCGUGCGAGCAUUCUCCACCACCGUCAUGUCACCGCCGUCUAAGGCCGUCGUCUACGACCGCCAAGGUCCACCCGACUCUGUCACCAGAGUGGUAGAGCUACCACCAGUAGAAGUGAAAGAGAACGAUGUUUGCAUCAAAAUGUUGGCUUCUCCUAUCAAUCCUUCUGAUAUCAAUCGCAUUGAAGUCAAAUGUGGAUGGUGCUGUAGGUGUGUACCCUGUAAGGCCACAAGUGCCUGCGGUUGGAGGAUACGAGGGUGUUGGAGAGGUGUUCUCGGUGGGCUCUGCGGUUAAGGGUCUUUUGCCUGGUGAUUGGGUCAUCCCAUCUCCGCCCUCUUUUGGGACAUGGCAGACUUAUGUUGUGAAAGAUCAGAGCGUCUGGCACAAAAUUAAUAAGGAAUCACCCAUGGAAUACGCUGCCACAAUUACUGUUAAUCCUUUGACUGCUUUAAGAAUGCUUGAAGACUUCAUUACUUUAAACCCAGGAGAUGCUAUCGUGCAAAAUGGGGCUACAAGCAUUGUGGGGCAGUGCAUUAUUCAGCUUGCACGAUAUCGUGGUAUACAUAGUAUAAACAUAAUAAGGGACAGGGCUGGAUCAGAUGAAGUAAAAGAAAAGCUAAAAAAUCUUGGUGCUGAUGAAGUUUUUACUGAGAGUCAACUGGAAGUGAAGAACGUAAAAGGUCUCCUGACUAAUCUACCUGAACCUGCUUUGGGAUUUAACUGUGUUGGUGGAAAUGCUGCUUCUUUGGUUCUCAAAUUUUUGAGACAGGGUGGAACUAUGGUAACGUACGGUGGAAUGUCUAAGAAACCUAUUACAGUAUCAACUUCAUCUUUUAUUUUUAAGGAUCUUUCCCUGAGGGGAUUCUGGUUGCAGAAAUGGAUGAGUUCUGACAAAACUAAUGAGUGCAGACCUAUGAUAGAUUACCUCCUGGACCGAGCACGAGAAGGGAAGUUGAAAUAUGAGAUGGAACUGGUUCCUUUUAACGAUUUUCACACUGCAUUGGAUAAGGCACUUGGAAAACUAGGGAGCCAACCAAAACAGGUCCUCACGUUCUAAUUCUUAAUCAAGACCGCAGGCGAAUGUUUGGGUCAUCAUGUAUCUCUGCAUCUAUGUAUAGUGUUGAAGGUCUGAGAUUUGGAUUUUGUAUUACACAAUGUCAUUUCACACUCCUACGACACAGCGAGAGUCUGAACCACCAAACGAACUAUUAUUAAUGGAAAAUCAGCAGUCAAAUUGCCUAA